AUGUCCGCCUCCGCCGUCUUCAUCCUUGACCUGAAGGGCAAGCCCCUGAUCAGCCGCAACUACAAGGGGGACGUGAACAUGUCGGAGAUCGACCAUUUCAUGCCGAUGCUGAUGCAGAAGGAGGAAGAGUCUGCCCUGACGCCGCUCCUGUCCCACGGGAAGGUCCAUUUUCUCUGGAUCAAGCAUAGCAACCUGUACCUGGUGGCCACAACCAGAAAGAAUUCCAACGCCUCACUGGUGUAUUCCUUUCUCUACAAAGCGGUAGAGGUCUUUACCGAAUACUUCAAAGAGCUGGAGGAAGAGAGCAUUCGCGACAAUUUUGUCAUUGUGUAUGAACUGCUAGAUGAGCUUAUGGACUUUGGGUUUCCCCAGACGACGGACAGUAAAAUCCUGCAGGAAUACAUCACUCAGCAGGGCAACAAGCUGGACACCGGCAAAUCCCGCGUCCCGUCCACGGUCACCAACGCCGUUUCCUGGAGGUCGGAGGGCAUCAAAUACAAGAAGAACGAGGUCUUCAUUGAUGUCAUUGAAUCGGUCAACCUUCUGGUCAAUGUUAACGGCAGCGUCCUGCUGAGUGAGAUUAUGGGCACCAUCAAGCUGAAGGUUUUCCUCUCGGGCAUGCCGGAACUGCGCUUGGGCCUCAACGACCGGGUGCUCUUUGAAAUAACGGGACGUGGAAAAAAUAAAUCUGUGGAGCUGGAGGAUGUUAAAUUCCACCAGUGUGUGCGGCUGUCGCGCUUUGACAACGACCGCACCAUCUCCUUCAUCCCGCCGGACGGAGAUUUCGAGCUCAUGUCCUACCGACUGAAUACGCAGGUGAAGCCCCUCAUCUGGAUUGAGUCGGUCAUUGAGAAGUUCUCUCAUAGCCGAGUAGAGAUUAUGGUUAAGGCAAAGGGCCAAUUCAAGAAGCAGUCGGUGGCUAACGGGGUUGAGAUCGCUGUGCCGGUCCCGAGCGACGCCGAUUCUCCCAAGUUCAAAACCAGCAUCGGCAGUGCGAAAUAUCUGCCUGAGAAGAACGUUGUCAUCUGGAGCAUCAAGUCCUUCCCGGGCGGCAAGGAAUACUUGAUGCGGGCCCACUUUGGGCUACCCAGCGUCGAAAACGAGGAGCUGGAGGGCCGUCCACCCAUAUCGGUCCGGUUUGAGAUCCCCUACUUCACGGUCUCUGGGAUUCAGGUGCGGUACAUGAAGAUCAUAGAGAAAAGUGGGUAUCAGGCUCUCCCGUGGGUCCGCUACAUCACCCAGAGCGGGGAUUAUCAACUCCGGACACAUUAGCCUCGUCACCAUGCGGCCUUGGACAGCCUCAAAAAUGGAUGUCUAGAGAA